AUGAUCAAAAUUAUUGAGGGGAUUACUCAGAUUGUUUUUUCAAAGUGGCUGGCUACAUUCAGUACUAGAGAUGUACACACAGAGACAGGGGACAAGUAUUACCUAUCCAAUUUUAUUGGAUAUGAUGGAAAACCACAUGACUGCAUGGCAGAUAUGGAAAAGCCAGAUAAGUCACCAUUAAAAGCAGAUCGUGACCACCACAUUCUGACCAUGUAUAUGGAUGGUGCCCGAUUCUGGAAUGACAAGAAAUAUUAUACUGAAUUUGCAGUAGUGACUCUGAAGAAAGGAGACAAACUGGUUCUAGUCAAAUUACCAGGAUACAUAACAAUGGGCAAGAUGAAAGCAAAUUCAAGGGUACCUCUGUGGAUCCUAGCAUUUCUAAUUUCAUACUGCAUUGAAGCAAAUGGCCAAGGAUUUGAAGAUGGAAGCAUGGUCACCAUUAUUCCUUCAAUGACACCAACUGUAAUCAUAACAAGUGUGAAUCCAGCUCAUAACAACCUUGUAUGCAGCACAUGGGGUAACUUCCACUUCAAGACAUUUGAUGGUGAUAUUUACCGAUUCCCUGGGAUAUGCAACUAUAUUUUUGCAUCUCACUGCAAGGCCGUGUAUGAGGAGUUCAACAUACAGUUAAGAAGAAUAUUGAUUAAUGACGUUCCUGUCAUUCAGUACGUCACCAUGAAACUAGAUGGUAUCUUUAUCAAGCUGAUGCAAUCAAAUGUAUCCAUCAACAAUGAACAGAUUCAGCUGCCAUACAGCCAGUCUGGAAUUAUGAUCGAGAAAAAUAAUGCAUACAUCAAUGUUAAAUCAAAACUGGGCAUACUUUUUAAGUGGAACAUGAAUGAUGCAGCUAUGCUUCAACUGGACAGUAAAUAUAUGAAUCAAACUUGUGGACUUUGUGGGGAUUUCAAUGGUAUCCAAAUAUACAAUGAGUUUGUAUCAAAUGACGUGCUAUUAAAUCCAAUAGAGUUUGGAAACCUUCAGAAGAUGGAUGGCCCAACAGAACAGUGUGAAGACCCUAUCCCAAUCACACCAUCGAACUGCAGUGACUAUAGAUCAGAAUGCCAGAAUUUUCUGACAGAUGCAGUGUUCGGUGACUGUAACGCAUUUGUGGAUGUUGGCCCAUAUGUACAGUCCUGUAUAUUAGACAUGUGUAACUGUGUAGAAUCCUCAAAUAACUGUAUGUGCAGUGUUGCAACGGAAUAUUCUAGGCAAUGUGCCCAUGCUGGAGGGGAACCCAAGAACUGGCGAACCAACAACUUCUGCACCCAGCAAUGUCCAUUUAACAUGCAAUAUCAGGAAUGUAACAUCCCUUGUGUCAAUACAUGCUCAAAUCAGGAGAGGAGCCAGACAUGCGAUGACCACUGUUCAGAUGGUUGUUAUUGUCCUCCAGGAAUGAUUUAUGAUGACAUUAACAACAGUGGAUGUGUGCCAGUCAGUAACUGUCCCUGUACCCACAGUGGUACCACAUACCUACCUGGUGAAUCAUACACAAAUAACUGUCAACAAUGUGUUUGUACCGGUGGUCAGUGGGAAUGUGUGGAGCUCCCUUGUCUAGCUACAUGCGCUGUAGAAGGUGGUUCUCAUGUCAAUACCUUUGAUGGGAAACUCUACCAGUUUCAUGGCCAGUGUUACUAUCUGUUGUCUUCAGACACUGACAACACAUUCUCAUUGCUGGGUGAACUACGCCAAUGUGGAGUUACUGAAACAGAAAGCUGCCUUAAGUCCAUUACAUUGGUUUUGCCUGGAGGAGAUAUAGUAAGUGAAAUAAUACAAAUAUACUCCUCUGGCACUGUGCUUGUAAAUGGAAUUUUAACCCAGCUACCUUUGUCUGCAGCCAAUGUUGUGAUUUUCAGACCAUCCUCCUUUUACAUAAUCCUACAGACAUCAUUUGGCCUUCAGGUUCAAAUCCAGCUUAUUCCAGUCAUGCAGGUUUUUAUUAAUGUGGAUGCCAAGUAUAAGGGAAAAUUAACUGGUCUCUGCGGCAACUAUAACGAUGUUCAGAGUGACGAUUUCACAGCAAUCGCUGGUGUCAUAGAGGGGACUGCAGCUUCCUUUGUCAACUCAUGGAAAGUACAGUCAAAUUGCCCUGAAAUCAAAGACAGCUUUGAGAAUCCUUGCUCCAGCAGUGUUGAAAAUGAAAAAUAUGCCCAGCACUGGUGUUCCUUGCUGAUUGACAAAAAUGGGGUAUUUAGCUCCUGCCAUUCUGUGAUUGAUCCAGCAGAAUAUCGGAAGAACUGUAUGUACGACAGUUGCAACUAUGAGAACAGCGAAGACUACAUGUGUACCGCUCUCUCUUCUUAUGUGCAAGCCUGUGCAGCCAAAGGCGUCAUGCUGACUGGAUGGAGAUCUGAAGCUUGCAGCAAAUACACUACAACAUGUCCCCAAUCAAUGACAUAUUCAUACUCUGUGACAUCUUGUCAGCCAUCUUGCCGAUCUCUGAGUGAUUCAGACAUUACCUGUGAUAUUACGUUUGCACCAGUUGAUGGCUGUACCUGUGCAGAAGGAACUUUCCUGGAUGACAGUGGUAAAUGUGUUCCACAGGCCAGCUGCCCUUGCUAUUUUAAAGGAUCCUCAAUACCAUCUGGGGAAAUUAUUAACCAGAAUGGUGCCAUGUGCACAUGCAACAAUGGAAAGCUGAACUGUAUUGGAAAUGGAGUUGUUCUUCCAGAAUGUCAGCCCCCAAUGGUCUACUUUGACUGCAAAACUGCUACUUCCGGGAAAACUGGUGCAGAGUGUCAGAGGAGUUGCCAGACACUUUCAAUGGAAUGUUUUAGUACAGAGUGUGUAUCUGGCUGCGUGUGUCCUAAUGGACUCAUUCUUGAUGGUCAAGGUAGAUGCAUUACAGAGGAAAAGUGUUCUUGUGUACACAAUGGCAUUAUUUAUAACCCUGGGGAGACCGUCGACAUCGGAUGCAAUACAUGCACAUGUAUAAAAGCUAGAUGGUCUUGCACGAACUUACCCUGCCAAGAGACUUGUGCUAUCUAUGGAGAGGGGCAUUAUAUUUCCUUUGAUAAACGUCGUUUUAACUUCAAUGGAAACUGUGAAUAUGUCCUGACACAGGACUAUUGUACUAACAAUCCUGAAAAUGGAACUUUUCGAGUAAUCACAGAGAAUAUCCCAUGUGGAACCACUGGGACCACUUGUUCAAAGGCUAUCAAACUCUUUCUGGGGAACACUGAACUGAAGCUUUCAGAUGGAAGUGUUGAAGUGAUUAAAAAAGACUUCGUUGUUGAUGCACCUUAUCAGAUAUAUAGCAUGGGAAUCUAUUCUGUUAUCGAAGCAGAAAAUGGCAUGGUCCUCAUGUGGGACAAGAAGACGAGCAUGUUCAUCAAACUUAAUCCAUCUUUCAAGGGUGAGGUUUGUGGUCUGUGUGGUAACUACGAUGGAAAUGCAAACAAUGACUUUACCACCAGAGGGCAGUCUAUUGCAGUUGAUGUGCAGGAGUUUGGAAACAGUUGGAAAGUUUCUCCCAGCUGCCCUGAUGCAGACAUUACAAAGGAUCCCUGUUCUGCUAAUCCAUACAGAGAAGCCUGGGCACAAAAAAAGUGCAGCAUACUGAUAAGUAAUGAGUUUUCAACGUGUCAUAACCAGGUGGAUCCCUCACAAUACUAUGACUCCUGUGUCCAUGAUGCCUGUGCCUGCGACACUGGUGGAGACUGUGAGUGUUUCUGUACUGCUGUCGCUGCUUACGCAGCUGCCUGUAAUGAAGCUGGUGCUUGUGUUGCUUGGAGAACUCCUGAUGUUUGUCCUUUGUUUUGUGAUUACUACAAUCCUUCAGAUGAGUGCAACUGGCAUUACAAAGCUUGUGGAGCUCCAUGUAUGAAAACCUGCAGGCACCCAAGUGGUCAAUGCCUCAGCCAGCUACCAGGCCUUGAAGGCUGCUACCCUGAGUGCCCGAUGGAUAAGCCUUUCUUUGAUGAAGAUACAAUGCAGUGUGUGUCUUAUGAGCAAUGCGGUUGUUUUGAUAGUGAUGGAAAUCGGUAUCUGUUUGGAUCGUCUGUGCCUUCUUCCAAAAAUUGUGAAUCAUGCAUUUGCACAAAAGAUGGAAUCAUCUGCAAAUACAGUACAGAAGCUUGUUAUUGCAUUUACAAUAAUGUAACAUACCCAUAUGGCUCAGUGAUUUACAAUACCACAGAUGGCACUGGAGGCUGCAUUAUAGCAAGAUGUGGUGCCAAUGGGACAGUUAACAGAAUAAUAUAUCCAUGCCCUAUUUCCACUACCAUGCCACCUACAACCUAUAGAACAGCGACACCCUCAUCAAGUCAGAUAACUGGAUUUGUUUCAACUAGUACCACAAUUUGUGUCAAAGAAGUUUGCCAGUGGUCUACGUGGUAUGAUGUCAGCUAUCCAGAGUAUGAGAAGAAUGGUGAUGGAGACUUUGAAACAUUUGAAAAUAUAAGGAAACACCAUUAUGAAAUAUGUGACUAUCCAAAAGAUGUGGAAUGCAGAGCUGUUCACUACCCUUCAAUUCCAAUUCAAGAUGUGGGGCAAAGGGUAAUAUGCAACAAUGUAACUGGACUAAUAUGUCACAACAAGGAACAAUUUCCACCAAUUUGUUACAACUAUGAAAUUAGAAUUUUUUGUUGUGACUACAUGCCAUGUGAAGAAACUACAACAUCAGGAGUAUCAACUACCACAUCAAGUUAUACCACCACCAUAAGUAGUACAAUCCAACAUAUAACCACAUCUCCAAAAUUACCAAGUACAGCAGAGUUAACCACAAGUACAAAAUCAACAACUUCUACUGUCCCUACAACUACAAGGGCUACAACAGAAUCAGUAAUAACUCAUAUUGCUCCUACUACAUUUACAAAGGAAGUUGUUACAUCUUCUAUUGUCCCUACAUCUACAGAGAAAGUUGUUACAUCUGAGGUCAUAAUGAGCACAACACCAGUUCCAGCAAGUACCUUAGUUACAGUUGUAUCCACACAAGAAGAAACAGAAUUCACUACAAUUCCAACAUCAAGUGUACCCAAUGUUUUAAGUACUUCAUCAACAUUUGUAACAGAAACACCUAAUGUUAAAACCUUUCCAACUACCAUUGCAACUACAACAUCAAGCAGUACAGUCAAACAUACAACCACAAAAGCACCAACUACAGCAGAAUUUACCACAACUGCUAAACCAACAACAUCCACUAUAUCUCCAAGUACAAGGACAACAACAAAACCAGCGACUUCUACAGUCCCUACUACAUCUACAAAGGAAAUCAUCACGACAUCUGAGGUAAUACUGAGUGCAGCACAAACAAUUCCAGCAAGUACCUCAGCUACAACCGUAUCUACUCAAGAAGCAACAGAAUUCACUAUAGUUUCAGCGACAGUGGUACCUACAGCUUCUACAAGUGUUUUAACAUUAGAAACAGAAACAUUAAGUAGUGAACCUUUUUCAACUAUCACUUCAACUACAACUGCAAGCGAUACCACUAUCAUAAGCAGUACAGACCAGCAUACAACCACCAAAGCACCAACUACAACAGAAUUAACUACAAGUACCAAAGCAACAUCUGCUAUCCCUCCAAGUACAACAGGAGCGAUAACAGAAUCAAGAACAAUGCCUACAGCCACUAGUACGCCUACACAGGAAUCCAUCACAACAUCCGAAGUAAUAGUGACUACAGAACAAAUGACUUCAGCAAGUAGCUCAGCUACAACUGUAUCUACUCAGGAAGUAACAGAAUUCAGUACAGUUCUGACAUCAACAGCACCCACUGCUUCUACAAGUAUUUCAACAUUAGAAACAGAAACAUUAAGUAGUGAACCUUUUUCAACUAUCACUUCAACUACAACUGCAAGCGAUACCACUAUCAUAAGCAGUACAGACCAGCAUACAACCACCAAAGCACCAACUACAACAGAAUUAACUACAAGUACCAAAGCAACAUCUGCUAUCCCUCCAAGUACAACAGGAGCGAUAACAGAAUCAAGAACAAUGCCUACAGCCACUAGUACGCCUACACAGGAAUCCAUCACAACAUCCGAAGUAAUAGUGACUACAGAACAAAUGACUUCAGCAAGUAGUUCAUCUACAAGUCUAUCUACUCAGGAAGUAACAGAAUUCAGUACAGUUCUGACAUCAACAGCACCUGCUGUUUCUUCAAGUAUUUCAUUAACAUUAGCAACAGAAACAUCAGUUGCAACAAGUCAAAGCGCUACAGAAACAGAAGCAUUAUCAUCCACACCAUGGAGCACAUCCAAAUAUAGUACAGCCUAUAGUACAGCAGUGUCACUGCAAACAACAGAAUUUCCAAAAAGUACGACUUUUGUUGUACCAGUAACUCCAGGAAUAGAAACAACCUCUGCCAUAACCACUGCUUCUUCUAGUACAGAGUCUACUGUAACAUCUAGUACAGCUUCUGCAGUGACAAGGACUAAAGGCCCAGUAAGUACAACAAAAGUAGAGAAAUCGACAGAAGAAUCUAGAAUAACAUUUAUAACCCCAACUAUGAGCACAACUGAAGCUAUCACUGAGAUGCAAACAUUCACUCAGACUAAACAAUCAAUACCAGUUACUACAGUGACAACUCUGUCAACAACACAAGUAAUAUCCUCUAAAAUGCCAGAACUUACCUCCACAGCUAUUCCUGAAUCUCUAACUACAAAACAUUCCACAGUUUCAGUGCCUACAUCAUCCUUAGUUAGUUCACUCUCUUCAGUUCCAGCCACUGUGCUCUCCACCAAAGUUAUUUCCACAGCCCAGACAACUACAGGAAACAUUCCAACAUCUUUUCAAACAGAAGAGCCAACACCAUCAAUAUCCACUUUUACUACAAACACAACUCAGAGUACCACAACCACUCCUGCAAUAUCUGUUGUAACAGUACUCCGUCCUUCAACUCCACCACCUAUUUUAACUACUGGUCAUCAAGACAAGAAUACACUUGUAACAACUAGAUAUUCUACUCCAACCAGCACCACCACUGUAAUUCCUAGUUCUACUACACAACCAGUCACAACUGCUCCUCCAACAUUAUUGUUUUCAUCAUCACCGAUUGCUUCAUUUUCUACAACAAGUUCUGAAAAGCCUACAACUUUUAAAUCUACUCAAACUGAAAUGACAUUCUCUACACAAUGCUUCUGUAGUGUGAAUGGGACACUGUUCUCCCCUGGUACCCUCAUAUAUUCCAGCUCAGACAGUGCUGGUUGGUGUUUUUAUGCAUGGUGCAGCAAAACAUGUGAGAUAGAAAGAAAGAUGGAAGAAUGUAAAGGCACCACCAUGACUAGUACUUUAAAGUCUGAAGCAACCCAAAAGGAAUCGACUACCAGUGCCACAACAAAAUCAAGCACAACUAAAGCAAGCACUGCAAAGACAUCGAAACCAGUCACUUCGACAUCCAGCACAAAACCUGCAGGUUGCACUGACCUAAAACCACCACGAGAAUAUGGUGAAACAUGGAAAAUAGACAACUGUACAACAGCAACUUGCAAAGGAUGGAAUAACAUAAUUGUAAAAAAUGUGACAUGCUCCAAUGUACCAUUGCUCAAAUGUGCAAAUGGACGACAACCAGUGAAGGUUUAUGACAGUAAUGGGUGCUGUUAUCAUUAUGAAUGUGAAUGUGUCUGUAGUGGAUGGGGUGAUCCUCACUAUAUUACAUUUGAUGGAACAUAUUACACAUUCCAAGGCAACUGUACAUAUAUUCUAGUGCAACAGAUAACACCAAAGUAUCACAAUUUCCGCAUCUAUAUUGAUAAUUACUACUGUGAUGCACGAGAUGGUCUGUCUUGCCCACGAUCCCUAAUUAUUUUCUAUGGGCCUUCUGUUGUGGUGUUAACACAUCAACUAGUCAAUAAAGGAAUUUCUAGCCAGAUAUAUUUCAACGAUGAGAAAAUUACUCCUGCUUUCCAAAGGAAUGGCAUCAAGAUUUCUACUUCCGGAAUCAACACAAUUGUUGAAAUCGAUGAGCUAGGAGCCUAUAUUUCUUUCAGUGGAAUUAUUUUCACUGUGAUUCUUCCUUUUAGCAGGUUUGGUGACAAUACAGAGGGGCAGUGUGGUACCUGCACAAACAAUGCAACCGAGGACUGUCGCUUACCAGGUGGAAAGAUCGCAUCUUCCUGUUCAGUAAUGGCUGAUUAUUGGUUUGUCUUUGACAAAAAUAAGCCAUACUGUAGACCUCCAACACCUACAUCUACCACAACGCGCCCACCAACUUCAAUAACACCAGCAACAAAAUCAACAUCUCCUACCACUACAACACCCUGCCCACCCUCGCCACUUUGCAAGCUUAUUCUCAGCAGUCUCUUUGCAGAGUGCCACAAAGUAGUUCCUCCCAAUCCAUUCUUUGAAGCCUGCCAUUAUGAUCACUGCCACAUGUUAAAUUCCACAGUGGAUUGUUCCAGUUUGCAAAACUAUGCUACAAUGUGUCUCCAAGACCGCAUCUGCAUUGACUGGAGAGGGCAUACAAAUGGGUCAUGCUCAAUCGACUGCCCUCCAAGCAAGGUGUAUGAAGCCUGUGGACCUAAGGUUCAACCAACUUGCAACUCAAGGUACAAUGACAAAUUUAUAGAAGAUGAUGAUGAUGGAAGAAUUGAGGGAUGUUUCUGCCCAGAAGGAACAAUUCUCUUCAACUCAUAUUCUGACCUUUGUGUUGAAACGUGCUACUGUACUGGGCCUGAUGGAAUGCCUAAGAAGCCAGGAGAAACAUGGCAAAGUAACUGUAACGACUGUGUUUGUGAUAACAACACAAUGAGUGUGAGGUGUGAGACUCACUUUUGUCCUACUAUAAAACCAAAGGAGUGCUUUGAUGAGGGAUUUGUGCCUGUCCUCAAACCCGAUCCUGCAGAUUCAUGCUGUAAGGUUUAUGAAUGUGACUGCAAUUCAACCUCCUGCUCUUAUGAACCAAAGACCUGUGAUCUAGGAUUCCAGAGAGAGACUAAGAUACCUGAAGGAAAAUGCUGCCCAGUAGAUGAAUGUGAAUUACAAGCUGUUAUGCUGAGUGAACAUGACAAAACACCUGAGGCUGUUGUCCCCAAAGAUACUUGUGAAAUCUGUGUUUGUACCUCAGAUGUGGAUCCAAGUACCAUGUUGCAUGAAAUUUCAUGUGCACCUCAGUUGUGUACAAUACAUUGUGACCCAGGCUUUGAGUAUCAGGAAGUACCUGGACAGUGCUGUGGAGAAUGUAUUCAAACACAGUGUGUAGUUUUCCUGCCUGAUAGCUCCAUCCAUCUACUUAAGCCAAAUGAGACUUGGGUAGCACCAGCGGAUAACUGCACUGAAUAUGAAUGUGCUGUAAUGGACAAUGCAUUUAUUACAAUCACAAACAAGAUAGUUUGUCCUCCAUUUGACCCCAAGGAGUGUGUACCGGGUUCAAUUCAACUGACUCCAGAUCAGUGCUGUAAAAUCUGCACUCCAACACCAAAGAACUGUGAACUUCAUUCAAGAGUCAACUACAUCAGCCAAAAUGGAUGCCAGAGUAAAGAACCAGUUAAUAUAACAUCUUGCCAGGGGACUUGCGGCACAUACUCUAUGUACUCUGCUGAAGCUAACAAGAUGGAACACACUUGUUCAUGCUGUCAGGAAGUCAAGACUCACAAUGAAACUAUUGUUUUGGCCUGUCCUGAUGAAACUACAAUUGACUAUUCCUAUAUCUUUGUUGACAAAUGUGACUGCCAGGAUAUAACAUGUGGAGACCUCUAUGGACAUAGCCCUUCUAAGAAGAAAAAGGCAAAUUAAUUUCAACAGACAAGAAAGAGACUGUAAAUAUGAGGUUACUUAUCUAAUGCCAGCAUUGCCUGUACUUUAAUGAAUUGUGAUUUUGUUUUCAAGUUAUCUUAUGCUAUUAUUGUUGUUCAGAUUCAGUGUUGCAUAGCAAAUGGUUAACAUUUUCAUUGUGUAGAUAGUGGUAAAUAUGUUUCUGCCAUCUUUUGAAACUAUUGUAUUUUAAGGUAUAUAAAGAUAAUAGAUAGUAUAUAAAGAUGUAGAUAUUUUCAGAAAAUGCAUCAGAGUUGUGGAGAAAGUUGCAUUUUUAUUUUCAGUGGAAAGGCCAUGUAGUUAAAUUUUUCCGAUCUAUAAUGUUUUUCAUCACUGACCAUAACUGUAUGAACAGGUCAGGUACAUUCAGUUGUAAAACAUGAUAUGCUGUUAGAUUUUUGCUGUAUAUGGAGUUACCGUAUACAUCUGCAGAUCCACCUAUAAACAUAUCCCUUAAACAUUUGGUUGCAUGGAUCAUCCUGUAUACAUGCCAACACACUUCAUUUGUUAGAAUACUUCCUUUCCACUUGAAAUCAUUAUUCUUGGGAGUGUAGAAUCAGUUGUUUUAGGGUAAAAGUCCAUUAUCCUGUUAUAGAAUGUGUUACAACAGGGUGUUCUUGUAUUUUACUGAACUAAUGGAGGCAUGAAAUGAUUUCAGCCAUUAAAAGGGAAGUCAGUGUCAUCAAUGACUCUACUGUAAGUCUUCAGAACUGAUGGUGACCUUUAACACAUUCCUCUGACCUCGACUAAUACAUUCCUCUGACCUCAUGCAAAUCAUGCGAUAUUGUAGCAUUUCCCACUGAUAUUCGUGUGCAGUACACAGGGAGAAAUCCAAACUGUUCAAGAGCUUUUCUUAACCAAACUGUGCAUACCAAGUUUCUGUAGACUGUGGUUCCAUUCUGAACAGAGAAUUAAUAGUCUAAUUGAGUAAUAGACUUUUAUGAAUUAGCACCAAAUAUGAAAGGAUGCUUAACAGAAAAACAAUAUUACAGCAAUCAUGAUCUUAUACAACUAAUGCAUACAUGUUAAAGGAGUAGCAAUAAAAGUACAACAUGGAAGGGUGUGCUUUAAAAAAAACACAUGAAGAUCAAAAACACCACAGAGCUCAGCUAUCACCAAAAUGUGCUUAUAUUUUUAUUAAUAUCUCUAGCACUUUAAAGUACUUUGAAGUUACAGGUUUUAACAAAUUUUCUUUUCUGGAUGCCAUCUGGCCAUUUUACUAGUUUAAUUUUUUGUUUGUUUGUUUUGGUUAACUACUUCAUAUAAGAAUAUGUUGGCAUUGCUAAUGA